AUGGUGGAACGCGAAGGAAUGCGGCGCGGGGGUUGUGGUUGGGGUAGCGGAGUCCUGGGCCAGUGGUCCCUCCGCCGGCUCCUUUUGGAUAGCCCUUUGGUCGGCAGAAGACUUGCACAUUCAGUAUUGGAUCAAGGGGAGCGACCCGUGAAACAGAACACAGAGUCCACACAGGCAAGGCCGACAGUUCAGUACAUCGCAGAGGACGAAGAGGGCGAAGUUCUCGACUGUCCGCUAUGCCUGUCCACAUUCAACGCGUCGAGUAUGAUGCGCCUCGCGUGGUGCUCGCACAGAUGCUGCGAGCCCUGCCUCAGACAGUACCUGGCCAUCGAGAUAUUCGAAGCCCGAGUACCGGUCAACUGCCCAGUGUGUCACGAGAAUAUGCAUCCGUCGGAUGUGAGACGGAUAAUAGAUAAUCAAACGUUGUACGACAAAUAUGAAGAAUUUUCAGUACGGCGCGCGCUCGCCGCCGACCCCGACACGAGGUGGUGUCCCGCUCCAGACUGCAGUUUUGCAGUAGUAGCGACGGGCUGCGCAUCUUGCCCCAAGCUAACGUGCCUAGCGCCGGGCUGCGGAGCGUCCUUCUGCUACCAUUGCAAGGCGGCGUGGCACCCGACGCAAACCUGCGACGCGGCCAGGCGGAGUCGCAACCCGAUGCCGCGACCCCCUCUACCAUUGCACGAUAUGGAACUCAGUGAAGUGAAGCCGUGCCCGCGGUGUUCGGUUUUCAUAGUGAAGGAGGAGGACGGCUCGUGCAAUCACAUGGUGUGUUGCGUCUGCGGGGCAGAGUUCUGCUGGCUUUGUAUGAAGGAGGUUUCAGAUUUGCACUAUCUUAGUCCAAGCGGCUGCACGUUCUGGGGCAAGAAGCCGUGGUCGCGCAAGAAGAAGCUGCUGUGGCAGCUGGGCACGCUGGCGGGCGCGCCGCUGGGCAUCGCGGUAGUGGCGGGCGUGGCGCUGCCCGCGCUGCUGGUGGGGCUGCCGCUGUGGGCGGGGCGCCGCGCGCACCGCCGCCUGCGCCGCGCGCGCCCCGCGCGCCGCCGCGCCGCCGUCGCCGCCGCCGUCGCUGCUGCUCUGAUAGUGUCGCCGCUGGUGGCGGGGCUGGCCGUGGGCAUCGGCGUGCCCAUCCUGCUGUUCUACGUGUACGGCGUGGUGCCGGUGUCGCUGUGCCGCGCCGGCGGGUGCGCCGCGCCGCCCGACGAGCCCCGCGACCGCGCGCUCGACCACGCGCUCGACCACACGCUGGACCACGCCCUCGACCACGCCGACCUGGACGGUGUGUCCAGGCGGUUGGAACCCAGCAUCGGCGACGCAUCACUAUCAGCGGGGUCGCAGCAGGCCGAAGUGCGGGCGCCGUCGCUCGCGGGGCUGGCGGGGUCUCUGGGCGGGCACGAGGCCGCCUCGCCCGCCGUGCACCGCCUCGAGGUCACCGCCGACGUGGCCUGCGACACCGCCAGCGCCGCCAGCGCCGCCAGCUGGCCCGACGACCUACCCUCGACCUCACGGUCCGCAGCGCGUCUACGCAGCCUCUUCCUAUACGGCUCCGCCCACCCCCCAGACCCGGAAGCCGGCACCUCAGACCCGACACCCCCCGCGGUAGCACCCCCCGCCCCCGCGGAGCUCACGACGGCGUGCGAGACCCGCGACCCACACGCUGAGACCUCCCCAGUGUCG